AUGUCCCUAGAACUCACCACCUCCCUCCACGCCCUCCAGAUCUCCCACCCCUCCAAAGCCCCCCCAAAACCCAAAAAAGCCCCCGUAGCCGACUCCUGGGACGACGAAGACCUCGACGACGAUGACGACGACGACGCCGACAACACGAACAGCAGCACCCCAACCUCCACCUCCACGGAAACAGAAUCAACCCUCUCCCGCACAACCUCCCUGACCCUCUCCAAGCCCCCUUCGGAGGGCCCCCUCGCCCCACCCCCCACACCCGCCUCCCCAACCAGCGGCUUCACCUACGACCUGCCCUACUCCAGCCUGAUCCCCACCAGCAGCAGUAUCGGCAGAACUAAAGGGACGGCCUCGGAGGGGGGUUCGGGCGCCUCAACCCCGCCAUCGUCGCGGCGACCAGACAAGACGACGGCGGUAGCGGGGCGGCUGAUUGCGGGGGCGUUGGGGGUCAGAGCUCCGAAGAGGACGGAGGAGGAGCGGGAGUAUGAUCGGGUGAUGCGGGGGAAGGAGAAGGAGAGGAGGGAGAGGGAAAGGGAGGAGAGGGGGCGCAGGGCGGAGGAGGAGGAAGCGGCUAGGAGGAAGGUGUGGGAGGAUUAG